AUGACACGCCUAACAAUUUGUGUAAUUACUAAUAUUGUUCACCUUGACUCAAACAGAUUUCUCAACGCCGGAAUCUUCGGCUCCGGAUCCGACUCUGGCCACAUCCUCCCCCACUCGGCCACCCGCGCGGCCAUCCUCGUCCGCAUCAACACCCUCCUCCAAGGCUACUCUGGCAUCCGCUUCUCCAUCCUCGAAGCCCUCUCGAAGCUCCUCAACGCCAACGUCACCCCUUUCCUCCCCCUCCGCGGCACCAUCACCGCCUCCGGCGACCUCGUCCCCUUAUCCUACAUUGCCGGCCUCCUCACCGGCCGCCCCAACUCCCGCGCCGCCGGCCCCGACGGCUCCUCCCUCACCCCUUCCCAAGCCUUCUCCCUCGCCGGAAUCUCCACCGACUUCUUCACCCUCCUCCCCAAAGAAGGCCUCGCCCUCGUCAACGGCACUGCAGUCGGCUCUGCCCUCGCCGCCAUCUCCCUCUAUGACGCCAACAUCCUCGCCCUCCUCUCCACCGUCACCUCAGCCAUCUUCGCCGAGGUCAUGAACGGCAAACCCGAGUUCACCGACCACCUCACCCACAAGCUCAAGCACCACCCGGGCCAAAUCGAGGCCGCCGCCAUCAUGGAACACAUCCUCGACGGAAGCUCGUACGUCAAAUCCGCGAAGAAGCUCCACGACACCGACCCCCUCCAGAAACCGAAGCAAGACCGAUACGCCCUCCGCACCUCGCCCCAAUGGCUCGGCCCGCAAAUCGAGACCAUCCGCACCGCGACUAAAAUGAUCGAGCGCGAGAUCAACUCGGUCAACGACAACCCUCUCAUCGACGUCUCGCGCAACAAGGCCCUCCACGGCGGGAACUUCCAGGGGACGCCCAUCGGCGUCUCCAUGGACAACGUGCGCCUCGCCCUCGCCGCCAUCGGGAAGCUCGUCUUCGCGCAAUUCUCCGAGCUCGUCAACGACUUCUACAACAACGGCCUCCCGUCGAAUCUCUCCGGCGGGCGCGACCCGAGCCUCGACUAUGGUUUCAAGGGCGCCGAGAUAGCCAUGGCCUCGUAUUGCUCGGAGCUCCAGUUCCUGGCGAACCCAGUCACGAACCACGUGCAGAGCGCCGAGCAGCACAACCAAGACGUGAACUCGCUCGGUUUGAUAUCCUCAAGAAAGACGACCGAAGCGCUAGACAUUUUGAAGUUGAUGAUGUCGACAUACCUUGUCGCUUUGUGCCAAGCGGUCGACUUGAGGCACGUGGAGGAGAAUGUUCGGGCGGCAGUGAAGAACGCGGUCGGACAGGCAGCGAAGCGGACGCUGACGACUGGCGAGAACGGGGAGCUCCACCCGUCGAGGUUUUGCGAGAAGGACUUGCUACGCGUGGUGGAUCGCGAGCACGUUUUCGCGUACGCGGACGAUCCGUGCAGCGUGACCUACCCGUUGAUGCAGAAGCUGAGGCAGGUGAUGGUGGAGCACGCGUUGGAGAAUGGGGUGGGGGAGUCGAGUGUGGGGACGUCGAUUUUUAGGAAAAUCGAGGCGUUUGAGGAUGAGUUGAAGGUUUUGUUGCCAAAGGAGGUGGAAGGGGCGAGAAUAGCGGUUGAGGAGGGAAAGGCGGCAAUCGGGAAUAAGAUAGUCGAGUGCCGAUCGUAUCCGUUGUACGAGUUUGUUAGGGGAAGGCUUGAGACGAGGUUUUUGACGGGAGAGAAGGUUGUGUCGCCGGGAGAGGAGUGCGAGAAGGUGUUCGAGGCGCUGAACGAUGGUUCGAUUGUGGAUCCGUUGAUGAAGUGUGUGGAGGGGUGGAAUGGGGAGCCUCUGCCUAUAUGUUAA